CACGACAACUUGCUAUACUGAUGAACUCUUCUGAGAUCCGCUCAUUGCUUUUAUUGUAGGCUAUCGAUCCUAUAUUGCUCUCAAAGAAGAUGCUCAACGGCGCUGUAUGGGAAUCAAAUAGACUGCAAGCUGCAAAAGUACCCUUAUUGUCACAUACCUGCUGAAAAUGGUGCAAUAUCAAAGUAAGCUGACACCAUCUGGUGCGACGACGCGAACUCUGCAAUGACAAAUGGAUAUGGCGACACCCGCUCUGUGGUCUACAUAAGGGCCGUGCAAUGCCGCUCUCCACAGGCAUAGCACAUCCCAAUGGCUCCCUCAAUUGCCUUUCAACAGCGCCCUGAGCAGCUCAUCGAGCCAGUUCAAAAGCUUUCCCUCGCCAAGGCAGGUCAGAGACCCGGCGUCAUUACCUACUCUCAGGAAGUCUUAGACCGAUAUGAGCCAGAAUUUGACCCCGAGAUCACCUACCCGCCUUAUGAACUCAUUGACCACAUUGAUCCCGGGCACAAGGCAACGGGCAAGGCUAUCGAAGGCGCGACAUACACCAAACUCACUCCCAAACUCGGCACUGAACUCUCUGGUCGUCAGAUCUCUUCCUUCAGCAAUGCAGAAAAGGACGAACUUGCCUUGCUCGUUGCUCAACGCGGACUGGUCAUUGUGAAGGGUCAGGAUUGGGCUGGGAUCGGAACGCAACAACAGAUUGAGUUUGCGAGCUACUUUGGUAGAUUACACAUCCAUCCUACAUCCUCACACAUCAAGGGGCACCCAGAAUUUCACUUAGUCUCGCGCGGAUUUGACAAGCCAGAGUCGCAGGACGAUGCCAUCCAUGCUGCAUCUGCACAUAUUCAAGAGGAGAUUGAUUUGGGCGAUUCCGUCUCGUCUGUGUCUUGGCACUCGGAUGUCUCCUAUGAGUUACAGCCACCUGGCACAACUUUUCUGUGGAAUCUGCUGAACCCUGAGGCCGGUGGCGACACUGUCUUCAAUUCGCAGGUGGAAGCUUACAAUCGUCUCUCUGAAGGCUUCAAGAAGCGCCUCGAGGGACUUUAUGUGACACACUCUGCCUUUGAACAAGCAAACCAAGCGACUCAACGAGGUGGUGUCGCACGUCGCAAGCCCAUCAUCUCACAGCAUCCACUGGUCCGCACCCACCCCGUCACGAAGCAAAAGGCAUUGUACGUUAAUCCUCAAUUCUCGCGACACAUUGUCGGCUACAAGAAGGAGGAAUCAGACGCGCUUCUCAACUUCCUAUAUGAUCACAUCGCCAAAGGUCAUGACUUCCAGGCGCGUGUCAAAUGGACUGACAAUGCCACGCUGGUCAUUUUCGAUAACCGUGUUGUGGCUCAUUCUGCGCUCUUGGACUUUUCCGCAACAGAGAGACGCGUCAUUGCUAGACUUGCUCCUCAAGCUGAGCAGCCUUUCAAUGCAGAUGAGCAGAAGUGAAGGAGAUUAGGCUGCAUGUAGAAUGAAUAUUGGAUGAUAAAUCGCCAACAGUG